CGGAGGAACACCACGCUUGCACCGCAGUUGGCCAGUACCUGGCAUUCAGCCUGAUGGCUCUCGGCCCGCCAGGGAACCCACCCAAUGUUCGAUCGCAGGAUGAGCGACAGCGUGUGAUCUUGGAGCUGAGGCGAUGGGCAGAGGACUUUGAGACGACAUUGCGAUCUAUUCCCCGAGACGAGCGAUACGCUCCGAGCGGCUCAAGCUCCGGCUCGCUGUAUGCGCCGACGACUUAUGCAGGCAUCAGCCGGUCACCGCGCGUGCCUCGAGCAAGACCCAAACGCUGGGCUCAGGAAGAGGACCGUCCAGAUUCUUCGUCGGAUGAGUGCUCGCCUCCGAUGCCGGACACCCCGACACCGUCUGAGCCGCGGUCGAGUAGUCAGAGCCAAGGCCCACGGCGCAGCCAGCGCAUUCUGGGCCGAGCGCCGCGCGGGGAAGCUUCACACAAGAGCGACA